UUGCACUGUGUGAGGAAAACAUCCUGCCUGGAAUUCUGAAACCCUUUCAGGCAUGGGAGUGUUUCCUCUCCCAUCCACAGACAUGCCAGGAGAGCCCAGUACAGAGCCAGGCACUUCCCGGGUCUCCCAGCCAUCCCGCACUGCAUUUGCUCUGAGCACAUAAAGAGCUAUCUAUUUCCUGCAACAAACAUCCUGUCACACGUCCUUUCCUUGCAGUCUUACUCAGAGCUGUUUUCCAGUCGUUGUCAGACAGUUCUUCGUGAUUAAUUUGUUAUUUAUAAAUCAUAAUUGUGGAUGGAUGUUUGGAAUAGAUUGAUGGGGCGUGUGGUGUUGGCCAAUGGUCACCAUGACAAAGACAUUGGAGUGGUUCAGAGCACUCACAAAACACACCCUGGGAUAUCCAAAAGGUAUAAACCAAUAAAGGACUGAAAAUAAGGAGCAUAUAGCAUCAGAUACCCAGAAACCAGAACCUGGUAAAAUAUCACUGAAGUAUAACAAAACCAGCCAGGAUUCCUUGACAACAUUCUGAAAGGCAAAAGAGCAGAAGAAAUAGAGUCACAUUCAUCGCUGACCCACAUUGUGACAGUUCACGGUUGUGCUGAAAUAGAUGUGAACAGGAUGAGAUGAGUGGGAUGAGGUUAAUUCAGAUGACUGCAAAUCAGUGACUAGAUCACAGAAAAGAUCUGCCUAAAUCAGAGCCACCCAAUAGAAAUUACAUGUUUUGUCUUAACAAACAAAUGGUCAUGGGCACUCUGAGCAUGGGUUAAGCUUCCUGACAUCCUCAAACAUCUCCCUUUGGCAAAUUACCCUUGGCAGAAAAACAACGGCUUACAAACACACGAGAAGAAGGUACUCCCUUUGAGGGUGACACCCACUACCUCGGGUAUAAAUGUGGACCAGGCAGGGUGGAAUUUGGAGCUAUGAUUCCAGAACAACUGUAAGACCAGCUUGGAGAUUUCACGCGAGCCACUGCCGCUGCCACGAUGAGCUGUGGCUCCAAACAGACCUCCAGAAGCUGCCUGCGCGGGAGCAGCGGUGGCGGCAGCAGCAGUGCUGGGGGUGGAGGGGGCAGCACGUAUUCCUCCACAAGAGUCACUUCCAGGACAAGCGGUGGGGGCAGGAGCUCUGGCAGCAGUUGUGCUGGAGGAAGCUCCAGGAGCAGCUAUGGUGGCGGAGCUGGUGGUGGUAGCUAUGGAAGGAUCAGGCACAGCAGUUACGGAGGAGGAAUGAGCAGCAGAAGCUGUGGAGGAGGAAUGAGCAGUGGUUAUUAUGGAGGGCGAAUGAGCAGUGGUGGCUAUGGAGGGGGCAUGAGCUUUGGAUCAGGUGGGAGUGGGUUUGGUGGUGGUUAUGGAGGAAGCUUUGGUGGAGGUGGUGCUGGUUUCAGUGGUGGCAGCUUUAGCAGUGGUGGCUUUCCUGGAGGGAUCGGGGGAAUUCUCUCCACCGAUGAAAAGCUGACCAUGCAGAGCCUCAAUGAACGCCUGGCUUCUUACCUGGACACCGUCAGAAACCUGGAAAGGGAAAAUGCUCAGCUUGAGCAGUUAAUAAGGGAGUGGUACCAAAAGCAAGCUCCUUCUGGCACAAAGGACUACAGCCACUAUUAUGGAGAGAUUGAAGACCUUCAAAACCAGCUUGUGACUGCAACUGUGGAGACCAACAAGGUACUUCUGGACCUAGAUAACACAAGGAUGACUGCAGAGGACUUCAGGAUAAAGUACGAGACCGAGCGUGGGCUCCGGCAGAACGUGGAGGGCGACAUCAACAGCCUGCGGCCCUUGCUGGACAGUCUGACUCUGAAUAGGUCUGACCUGGAAAUGCAGUUUGAGUCUCUGAAGGAGGAGAUGAUUGACCUCAAGAAGAACCACGAGGAGGAGAUGAAAUUGCUGCACACACAGUCGAGCGGUGAUGUGAACGUGGAGGUGAAUGCUGCUCCAGGGGAGGACCUGCUGAAAAAGCUGAAUGCCAUGAGACAGGAGUAUGAAAAUAUCAUUCAGAAAAACCGGGAAGAGGUUGAGAGCUGGUAUGAGAGCAAGAUGGAAGAAGUGAGUCAACAGGUCCACUCAAGUGGCCAGGAAGUGGAGGCAAGCAACCAACAGAUCUCUGAGCUGAGACGUGAAUACCAGAGCCUGGAGAUUGAGCUGCAGUCGCAGAUCAGCAUGGUGGACUCUUUGCAGUCCAACCUGGAAGAUACGGAACGUCGUUACAACAUGCAGCUGCAGCAGAUCCAGGGGAUGAUUGGUCCCUUGGAGGAGGAGCUGGCCAGCAUCCGCUGUGAGAUGGAGAGUCAGAACGAAGAGUACAAGAUGCUCCUGGGCAUCAAGACCCGCCUGGAGCAGGAGAUUGCUCAGUACCGGGCUCUGCUGCAGGAGGGGCAGCAUGGCAUUGGCACCUCCCAGGGAGGAGCUGGUGGUGGAUCUUCAGGAGGAGGAGGAGGUCAUGGAGGAACCAGCUGGUCUUCUGGAAGAGGCAGUAGUGGAGGAGGAAGCAGUUGGUCCUCAAGUGGAGGAAGCAGCGGAGGAAGAACUGGAGGAUCCUGCAGAAGAACUUCCUCAUCAGGAGGUGGAGGAGGAGCGAGCGGAGGAGCAGGAGGUGGGGCCUCUGGUAAAACCUCCAGUGGAGGAGAAGGAGGGGGCAAAUCCUGCCUCUCCCGCUCAUCAUCCUCCCACUCCCAGCCUGGCAACUCUUAUGAAAGCCAAGAAGAUGCUGAAAGCAUGAAGCUCUGCCUGGAAGGGAAUAAAACACUGGAUAGAGGAGCAACAAUGGAGGAAGUGUCUGAAGCCAUAAAAACGAUGAGACGGGGUAAGGCUCCAGGUCCCAGCAGCAGCUCCUCAGGCAAUGCCUGGAUAUGCUGCAAAUGAGAAUUUAUAGAUUUAAAAAGAUGGAAAAUGAUCCCACUUUGAGGCUUCCAUUGAGUCCUUCUUAUCCAGGAAGCAACAGGGCUAUUAAUCUUGGUUGAGUCUGCCUCACACACAUGCUGUUUUCCCUCCCAGACUGACAGUUGGUCAUGACAGUAUUGGCUGUAGACCAAAGGGCCUGAGGCCAUCAUUAGAGAAAGUAAGAAUACCACAGAGCAUCUCUCAAUGCUGAAAACAAGGGCAGUGAUUUCCAAGGCCUUUGUGGAAUGAGUAAGA